CUCGCAAGACACCGUUUCGUAAAGGAAAAAGGGGUGGGCGUAGGAACCGCCGUUUACGUUAUGAACUCCGAAGAGUGAACUUCGGCUGUUCCGCUGCUUUAUCUACUCCCAAAGCAAAUGUGGGUUGUGGCUUAAAGUAACAACAACAAAAACAAUCAGAAAGUUUCUCCUCUCUGUCCCAGGCCCGUGGAGGACAAUCAGCUCCACUAAGCUCCCUGCCAAAUACAAAGUCCAGCUCAAGAAUCGCGGAUGGCGACACUUUUCGAGAGUUUACGGUUCCCCAGUCUCCCAGCGAAAAGGGGCGGAGCGAGCUCCGGAAGACGCCUGAGGUUGUUCGCGGCGAGACGGGGCGGGGCGAUCGCCGGAAGGAGCCGCCAUUGAGCAGUGGCGAUCAGAAGGAAGGAUAGCUGCAUGGCUGCACAUCCCCAUCCUGCAGAGCCACUUCAUUGCCCCCGCUGCUUCCCUGGGCUUUUGCUUCCACCACGCAGAAACCCAUUCCUCAACGCUGACUCUGUGGCUGGGAGAAGGACCCAGCAGACUCCCCGGGUAUGCUACACACCAAGUAGGUGUUGCAGGUGCUGUAUUUGAUGUUAGCACCAGGAAAGUACUGGUUGUACAAGAUCGAAAUAAAUUGAAAAACAUGUGGAAGUUUCCAGGAGGCCUGUCAGAGCCAGGAGAAGAUAUUGCAGAUACAGCAGUCCGAGAGGUUUUUGAAGAGACCGGUAUCAAGUCAGAAUUCAGGUCCCUGUUGAGCAUCCGGCAGCAACACAGGAGCCCUGGGGCCUUCGGGAUGUCAGACAUGUACCUGGUCUGCCGCCUGCAGCCGUGUUCCUUCACCAUCAACUUCUGCCAGCAGGAAUGCUUGAAGUGUGAAUGGAUUGAUCUAGAAAACCUGGCCCAGACUAAACACACGACCCCCAUCACUAGCAGGGUGGCUAGGCUACUGCUGUACGGACUCAGGGAAGGGUUUGACAAAAUUGACCUCAGCAUGGAGGAACUCCCUGCAGUGUACACAGGCCUGUUCUACAAACUCUAUCACAGGGAACUGCCAGAGAGGUACAGAGCUGCGGUGGGGACAGACUGAAUGCCAGCAUUCGUACCUGGCACCAGUUUUCUCACAUACAUGAUGUCCACAGCAGAAAUUCAUAAAUGUACAUAUUUUUAAAUCCUCUUUUCAAAUAAAGGAAAUAUGUGAACAAGAUCAUAGCUCUAAUUCUCACUGGGUCACAACCAAAGCUAUAUAAAAUGGGAAAGUCUAAAUAUUUUCCAAAACUUGUUUUUUUGACUGAGGUAAUGAUUAAGUGUCUUACUAUUACAUGAAAGGCAUCCAAACUUGGUUGUAUACAU